GUCUGAACAUGUCUGAGCAUACUUUGUUGUCGUAAUGUUGGCCUGACAUUGAAAGACUUCCAACAAAUAAGAUAAACCUAACACUCAGCAGAGAGUGUCCACUGGAUGGAUGUGUCCUCACUACUUCCAACAAAUAAGAUAAACAUAACACUCAGCAGAGAGUGUCCACUGGAUGGAUGUGUCCUCACUACUCCAACAAAUAAGAUAAACAUAACACUCACCAGAGAGUGUCCACUGGAUGGAUGUGUCCUCACUAGUUCCAACAAAUAAGAUAAACAUAACACUCACCAGAGAGUGUCCACUUGAUGGAUGUCUCCUCACUACUUCCAACAAAUAAGAUAAACAUAACACUCAGCAGAGAGUAUCCAAUUGAUGGAUGUGUCCUCACUAGCUCCAACAAAUAAGAUAAACAUAACACUCAGCAGAGUGUCCACUUGAUAUAUGUGUUCUCACUAGUUCCAAAACUUGACGAUGUGUUCUAAUUUCGGACAGAUGAGCCAUGAAGUUGCUUUUUUUUACUUUCAUAAAUUCUACUUUAGACUGAGCGGAAAGCAACAUAGCUGAACACCAAAUUUGGAAACAAAACGCUCUACAAAAUUUAGGACAAAAUGACUAAACAGAACACAUCUACUAUGGAGCUCACGGCGGGCCUGGACGACGUGAUUACCUAUGAAGCUAGGCUCCACAUCAUUGUCGUGCUGGUCACUUUCAUACAGCCGCCCUUUCUCGUGCUCGGCCUGGCGACUAACGUCAUCAGCAUCAUCACGUACAUCCGGCUCGGUCUCAGAGACAGCAUCAGCGUCUGCUUCUUCCUCUUGUCCUGCUCCGACCUUGCCGGCUUGGCCUGCGUGGUCCCGGUCAACAUCUUGGCCAACAUCCCGCUGGACACACCGAUCCGGCAAUGGGGUCUGGACAGCGUUUCACUGACGUACCUGAUCAUUGUCUACUACCUGAUCUUCUUCGACACGUCCCAGCUGAUCACGACGUUCAUCGCGGUCCAGCGAUGUUGCUGCGUGGCGCUGCCGUUCACAUUCAAGAACACGUUCACGCGACCUCGCGCCUUCGCUGUGGUGAUUGUCUUAAACGCGUACUGCGUUGCGUCCUACCUCCCGAUCAACGUCUCCCAGGGUCUGGCCCCGAAAUUCGACGUGCCCAGAAACAGGACCGUGUGGACCAUGUGGGUGUCCAGCAGACGGCAGGACUUCAUCUUUCUGCAGGACUACCUCAGCGGAGUCUUCCUGACCACAUCCUGCCAGGUCGCCAUCGUGUUCGCUCUCUGUGUCCUGGCGUACAACCUGAAACAAGCCUCGUCUUUCAGAAGGGCUCUCAACCACCCCAAAGGUACUUCUUAUUACCCAUCACCACGAGCGGAUAAGCGAGAACAACGGGGGCCCAAACUGAAAACCAAAAUUGAAGGUCAAGGUCGCUCUGGCAGCAGACGUGAAAUUCAAGCCGUUAAGGCAGCGGCAGUGGUGUCCACGAUUUUCGUGGUGUGCAACACGCCGAAAGUUGUCUUGGCUUACGCUUGUCUCAUCGAGCCCGAGCUCAGUUUGUACCAUCGUUAUGAAAAUAUUUACUUCGUU